AUGGGGAAGGUUUCAGGUCUCAAUAAUGUGUACGUUAUCAGCGGGCUGACGACUAUCGGGGGUCUUAUUCAAGGCUUCGAUGUGUCAAGCAUGUCUGCUAUUAUCGGAACAGAUCAGUACAAGGCAUAUUUCAACAAGCCCGAUUCAGUUCUUCAGGGUGGUAUCACAGCAAGUAUGGCAGGAGGCUCAUUAUUAGGAUCGCUCUUCUCCUCUUGGACCAGUGACCGCUUUGGCCGUCGUGAUUCUCUUUACAUUGCAUGCAUCAUUUGGCUCAUCGGGUCAGCAUUAAUGUGUGCCGUGCAAAACGUUGCGAUGCUUAUUGUAUCGCGUAUUUUCAAUGGUUUCGCGGUGGGUAUGUUAACUAGUCAAGGUCCUAUCCUCAUCGCCGAGAUUAGUUUGCCCCAUCAACGCGGUCGGCUGCUGUCAUUGCAGCAGUGGAUGAUUACUUGGGGUAUCCUGAUCAUGUAUUUUAUUAGUUACGGUGCAUCAUUCAUGGGGAACAACGGCGUGUUUCGUCUUCCGUGGGGCCUGCAGAUGAUUCCAGCUAUUGCUCUCCUGAGCUUCCUUCCUAUGGUACCUCGUUCCCCGCGUUGGUUGGCCUCGCAAGAUAGAUGGGAGGAAGCCACAGCUAUUUUGGCCCGGUUGCAUGCUAAAGGGGAUAUUCUUGACCCUAUAGUUGUUGCGCAGGUUCAUGAAAUUAGGGAGAAAAUCGAACUGGAACGGCAAUACCAGAGCACAUCAUGGCUUGAGCUAUUUAAUUCACGGAAUAUUAUCCGGGUUCACUGCGGUAUUUUCACGCAUGUCUGGUCCCAGAUGACAGGAACAAACGCAAUGAUGUAUUACAUUGUCUAUAUUUUCCAGAUGGCUGGUCUUUCCGGCAACACUACACUCCUUUCCGCGUCGAUCCAAUAUAUUAUCAACGUUGUCAUGACAUUACCCGCUCUUAUUUUCAUUGACCGUCUACCUCGACGACGCCUCUUUAUUUUCGGUGCCCUUGCAAUGGGCGUUCUGCAAUUUACACAAGCGGGACUCAUGGCAACCUAUGGACACCAUGUUCCAGGGGGUUUGAAUGGAUCGCCAACUGUGACAUGGAAAGUCACUAACUCAAAGGCCUCGAAGGCUAUAAUCGCGUGCUCAUAUCUUUUUAUUGCAUCCUACGCACCUACAUGGGGUCCACUUGGCUGGGCCUAUCCCCCAGAGAUCAUCCCCCUUUAUAUUCGUAGUAAAGCAGUUUCUCUGGCGACUUUCUUCAAUUGGGCAUGCAACUUUGCGCUGACAUUCUUCACGCCCCCAGCGUUCCAAAACAUUCAAUGGAAGAUUUACUGCGUAUUUGGUACCUUUUGCAUUUGCGCUGCAAUUCACGUCUUCUUCUUGUUCCAAGAGACAUUUGGUAAAUCACUGGAGGAAAUUGACGACAUUUUUGAUAACCAAAGUAUUUGGGCCUUCAAAGCCAAAGACGAGCCUAGCCGGCUUACAGUCGACAUUGAACAAGCGAAAGAUGAAAUGAGCGUUGGAAAGAUUAAAGUCAGCCACGCAAAAACAUCAGACACUCAGGUAUAA